AUGCAAAGACAUAAUUUAAUAGACAAUUUGGCAAGAUUUUUAUGGACAAUUCCACCAAUAGAAGAAUAUCGUUAUAGUGAAAGUGUUUUGAAAGCCCAAGCUUUUAUUUCUUUUCAUAAACAUAAUUUUAAAGAAUUAUAUACAAUAUUACAAUCACAUAAUUUCUCUCCUAUACAUCACCCUGAAUUACAGGCAAAAUUUAAAAUAAAUUUAAAUAUUGUUAUUAGUAUUUUGUGA